CACAACAAAGCAAACAGAAAAAAUAUCACCACCAUAACCAUGCCCAUCAUCACCAUCACGACCCAUCACGCUUUCUAAAUUUGGUUAACGUCGAUAGUCAUUGGAAUGUCGCCUUUUUGAAACUCAAUGUCAUUCUUUCAUGCGAGGGGGAACUUGCGCAUAUACAACGCAAUCGCCCCAUUUCAUCCUCUAAAUACCAGACGAUGUACUGGCAAUUCUUCGUCUCAUAUCGCUCUUUUAUCUGCUACUAAUCAUAUUUUGGAUUUCAAACCUCAACUUAUUCACCGAGGGAAAAAAACCAAAUCUUCUUUUAAUUUCAAUGACCUUCCUCAUGCUUUGGAUUUAAGGCCUCUGGAGUCUUUACACCUGGAGCGAUCAAUUAUUAAGAAUAAGUCACCAGAUAGAGCUUCGUUGGAAUUUUCCGAAGAUGUCCAGGGUUUAUUCCAGGAGCCAGAGCCGGCGGCAGCUGCGUCUCAAGAAUUGCCAAAUUCCGCAGCCUUGGAAGAUGUUGGAGAGGACAGCAAAAAGGGGAAACUAUCAAGGAGAGCCAAGCGGAUGGGAAGUUUACCUCAAGGUUUGAUAACUCUCGACGCUGAAUCCUUAGAAGUGCAAGAAUCUCUGUCAUUAGGUGGGAACAAGGUCAAAAAGACUCAAGCAUCAAGCGAGGUAAAGCUUCUCCAAGGACUUCUUGCUUUGGAACCAUUGGAAAUUGAACAUGAGCCGCCGCCAUACCCGACUGUGAUCAUGCAGGCACGUAGUAAUAUGCUCAAGUUCGAGAAUUGCGUGGUUGUCACUCGUGUUGGUGGUUUUUAUGAAUUAUAUUUCGAGCAUGCGGAUGAGUAUGGUCCACUUCUAGGCCUCAAAGUUGCCCAGAAGAAGACAAAUGCUGGACCUGUUUCCAUGGUAAGUCAUCAUAAUGUAAUCAAAUCACCAUGUAAUAACGGUGAAUAGGCUGGGUUUCCCUUUCAUCAACUUGAUCGUUAUUUAAAGAUACUUGUCCAAGAUCUAAACCGUUAUGUUGCUAUCUCGGAAGAGUUUCCACAUGAUCUUUCGGAAAAGGUAAAAUCUGGAGGUCUGAUGCAUGACCGAAAAGUGUCACGGAUUGUUACACCCGGCACGCUCAUCGAUGAAGGUUUUAUGGAUCCUCUAUCGAAUAACUAUGUGCUUGCCAUACAUGUGCAACACGAUGAAACAGCUGAAGCCCUUGAGCAGGGAAGUCAUCAUAAAUCAAUCGGAUUGGCUUGGCUGGAUCUAUCGACUGGCCAUUUCUUCACACAACAAUCAUCACUAUUGCAACUUCCUUCUUUCCUGGCCCGUGUAGCCCCACGCGAAAUUAUAUUGGAUGAAGAGAUGCAAUCUUUUAAAAGCCACCAAGUAUUUACCAUUCUCACCGAUGAACACCACAUAAUCACUUAUGCAACCCUAUCUGGAGUGAAGCCUAUAUCUGAGUGGAGUCCUAUGCUAGAAUCAGCAGUCUCACCGUCCUCGGCCGAUGCCUUUUCGGAAGAAGAGGUGUCGGCUGGUAGUUGCUUGCUUCAAUAUGUCGAGACAAGAUUACAAAGCACAAACAUGAAACUUCAACCUCCGGUUCGCCAAUUGAAUGUCAUGGGAAUCGACAAGAAUACCAUGAGAGCCCUUGAGAUUAAAAAGACCAUCAAGGAUGAUACCUUCAGUGGGAGUCUAUUGCACACAAUUCGACGAACAGUGACCAAAGGAGGUGCAAGACUGUUGGAAAAUUGGCUUGGCAAGUUUGUCCUGUGUACUUAACUUUAUCUCAGUGUUUCCAAAGGCUAACGAAAAUAGCUUCACCUUCAACAUCUUUGGAUGUAAUAAAUUCGCGACUCGAUGUCGUGACAUACAUGCUUGAAGCUGAGCCUCUGCGGGAGCGAAUGAUAACUCUCCUGAAACGCAGCCACGAUUCCCAUCGCCUACUACAAAAAUUUGCAUUUGGUAGAGGAGAUGCUGAUGAUCUUCUCGAUCUGGCUAGCACAAUAUUUGCCACUCGAGAUCUCGCAUUUGCACUUGAAAUCCAGAAUGCCACAUCUGAACCUUGCAUACAGGAAUUACUCGCUCGUAUUCACCUCAAAGGCCCGAUGGAACUAGCCCAAGCAAUCAAAGACGCCAUCGACGAAGAGGGGCUCGUCCAACAACACCGUAUUGAAGAGGGCGAAAGUGGGGAAAUGCAGGCAUUGGCCGAAGCGAUCGUUGCUUCAGAAGGAACCACAGAAGAAACUUCCUUCCUCCGAAAAAGCCGCAAGAAACCCGCCAACAGCAUUCGCGAGUACUACAACCAAGAAAACGAAGCCUGGAUCAUGAAAUCAACGGCUACUCCGACCCUCAAACAUCUUCACGAAAAGCUCUCCUCUCUCUCUGAUCAAAAAGGCGCCCUGGCAGCCUCUCUUUGCGACCGUCUUGGCGCAACAAGUCUCACCCUUCGCUUCACCCCCGGUCUCGGCCACAUCUGCCACGUCAAAGGCAAAGAUAUAAAUCUCAAUAUCCCCGAAGCCCGCACCAUCAGUUCCAGCAAAAGUACGCGCUCCCUUCACCAUCCCGAAUGGUCAGCAUUAGGCCAAGAAAUCGACCAAUGUCGCAUCCAUAUCCGAGCUGAAGAACAACGACUCUUCUAUAAACUCCGUGAAUUGGCCAUCACCAACCUCAUUAAGCUUCGACGUAAUGCUACUGUAUUGGAUGAAAUCGAUAUUGCAUGUUCAUUUGCUACUUUGGCAGAUGAGAGGGGUUGGAUUCGUCCUGUCCUCAACACCAGUUCAGCGCAUAAGAUUAUUGGCGGGAGACAUCCUACAGUUGAGACUGGACUAGAGGAAGAAGGACGGAGUUUUAUCUCAAACGAUUGUCUCGUGGGAGAUGUCCAUCGGGCAUGGUUAAUCACGGGACCCAACAUGGCUGGAAAGAGUACAUUCUUGCGACAAAAUGCGUUGAUUACCGUUCUUGCACAAGUGGGUUCGUAUGUACCUGCCGAGUAUGCAGAGCUGGGAAUUGUGGAUCAUAUAUUCAGUCGUGUUGGAUCUGCAGAUAAUCUCUACCGAGAUCAAUCUACGUUUAUGGUGGAGAUGUUGGAGAGUGCGGUGAUCCUUAAAAAUGCGACAUCACGAUCAUUUGUUAUUAUGGAUGAAAUUGGUAGGGGAACAACACCUACUGAUGGUGUUGCUGUAGCUUUUGCAUGCUUGCAUCAUCUUUAUCACGUGAAUAAAUGCAGGGCAUUGUUUGCAACUCAUUUCCAUUCAUUGGUGGAUCUGAUAGAGGAGGAUGAAAUGGACGCAGUGGGCUUCUAUUGCACAGACGUGGAAGGAGACGAUGGGGACGUGGACGGAGCAUUCAGAUAUAUGUAUAAAUUGAAGGAGGGUGUCAACAAACAGAGUCACGCUCUCAAGGUUGCCAAAUUGGCUGGAUUGCCAAGAGAAGCUAUCGAGGUUGCUAGGCAGGUCUUGGGGGGAAAAGAUAUGAAUUCUGAAUAG